UUCUGUACAGCUAACCUGAAAAGACUGUUAAAAGACAUGCAGUGUGUUUUCUUAGGAUUCUGCCUCAUUGCUCUGGUGAACUUCUCAGUGAGUAAGGACGUCCUCCAGAAGCCACGGUUUCUGGGUGUGAAAAGCCGCCGUUAUGUGAGAGUGUACUGUAUAGUACCAGAAGAACACUCGUCUGGUCAGAUCCAGUGGUACAAAAGCCCAAAACACGAUUCAUUGCUCAAGAAUCCCAUUGUCGAAAACGAACGCUUUGAGAUUGCACUGCUGUCCAAAUCACGGAAUGCCUGGAUAGGCAUCAAGAUGGUGCAGCCAGAGGACAGUGGUGUGUACUUCUGCAAGAUUAACAACGUCUGGGGGUCAGGGACUGAACUGCAAGUGUACAGGCAUAUCGAUACACGGGAAGCUAUGAGGAGAACCAAAAUGAAGGAUGUCAUGAUUAUCAUCCAGGCUCUACUGCUGGUGUCAUGUGUCCUUGCCCCACUGCUCCUCCACCUGAAAAAAGCUAAGGAGGAAGAUGCUAUUUAUGAGGAACCUGAAGAGGACCACACUUAUGAGGGGUUGGAAAUUGAGCAUUGUGGUCUCUAUGAAGAUAUCCCAGCUCUGAGCCAGCCUUCAGAAGCCACUUGGGAACAGACAGAGUCUCCAAGAGGCUGCUCUGUAUCCUCAGGCCCAGCAGAGGUCUUGCUGAAAAGGAAGAAGGUUCAGAAAUGGGUCAAGCAUGCAGCCAUAGGGAAUGCCUUCCUCGAAGUCCUAUUGGUUGUUUUAGAUGAUGGGAAGGUGGCUGCUGAAUGCAGGUUAGACCCAGAAGAGUUUCUGCCAGGUGGUAAGGAUGUGGAGGUAGAGCAUGCGCAAAGCAUGGCAACUCAAGCCUGA